ACCACCAUCAUAUCACGGUCGCCUUCGACAAGAAAAAAUCGUCUGGUACAACCGAUAUUCGUAAACUGCACCCGAAACGAAAAGAUCAAACAAAGAAAGGUGUCCCAACUGGAUAAGGAAAGUUGAAAUUUUGUGAUAUUUGACUUUGAUGGAGUCAAUGGAUUUGGGGUAUAUAUGCCCUUAUGAAAAGGGUAGUGCUCAGAAAAUCUCAGUUUGUGAUGAUAUUUUGAACAUGAAGUCUGAUAGCUUCCAAGUGGAUAUGGAACCUUUCUCACAUCUCAACAACAAAGAUCUUCUUAACUAUAAUAACUCAAGAUAUAAUUUGCAAGGAAGUUUAUCAAAAAAAGAAGAAAAGAAGAAGAUGAGUACUCCAAGUCUUGACAAAGAAAGACAUGCUAGUUCUUCACCUAAAGGUAUGAUGUCCGAAAAAUUAACACCAACUACAGUAGGAACAGCCGAGCCACAAGUCCAUCACCAGAUUAGUAUCGUUACCAGCGCGACUACGACUACCGCCACAGGAACGCCAACAAAAAGUAGACUCAUCGGCAAACGAUCAAGUAGUUUUAAACAAACGUCGAUCAUCAACCCUAGAAGAAUCAUGUUCUUCUUUGCUACUUUGUCAAGUAUGGGAACUAUCCUACUGAUAUACUUCACCCUCUCCAUGGCAAAGCAUAAUGGAGGUGACAACUUGCUUGAUCAGUAGUGAAAAAAUUGAUUUUAUAACCAAGGAAAUACCAUCUUUUGCAAUCUUUCCAAUACACAAGUUAUGCAUAUUUGCAAAUUUUAGCCUUUUCUUUUCAUUUCCAGUAUGCCCUUUAUACAAAAGAAACAGACAAGGAUGAAGGGCAUUGUAAAUAGAGAGCGUUCCAUUAAAUUUUAUAAGAAUCAAUGAAUUUGGAAUAUUACAACAUGAAAUAUAACUCAACUGAAGUUAGGCAUUUA